GAACACAUCGCACAGCUAUCACUAGAACCUGUAUCACUGUCACCUCCGCACCGGUCUGAGUCCCUUCAGCGAAGGGGCACUCCAGAUGCGCCUGAUCUCGCACCAUUGCUAAAAUCAUAUAGGAAUCAUUCUCGGCUGACAGUCGGGGGAAAUUCAGCAGCACACGGCAGCCGAUCUGAAAGUAGAGCACACUUAGGCGAAUCGAGCGAUUCGGACGAAUCUUUCUUUCACAAGUUUUGUGGGUAUUGA